CGGAGGAGGGCAGGUGUUCCUGCUGCGCGGGAGGGCAGGUGUACAGGUGUGCGUGGAGGUAUGGGAUGUUUGUGACGGUCGACGAGGACUAUGGCCGCGUGUUUGCUGCGCGGUGUCGUGUUCGUGGCCCUGGCAGCGUGGACGUCAGGAGACGACGGAGAACCGACUUUCGUGGCAGAGCUCUCCUCCAAGCCCGCUCAGAAGUUAUCAAAGUACGGUUGGUAUGGCAACGUCCGGCUGCAGAGGUUCCACAUCCCGGAGGAGACGGCCGUGGCGCGCUGGCUGUUCACCGUGACCAAGGGCCACAGCUUCCACUGUGGGCAGCACAACGUCACCAUCCACAUUCGGUGGGGUGCCCCUCCAGUGAUAAACCCAACAGGUUUGGUGUUUCCCAACGCGACGCUGUGGAGCCCGUCCCUGUCUCUGACUCUCCCAGUGGUCUCACAGAGCUCCACCACCUUUAACCUCAGCGACCCGGCGCCAGGCGACUGGUUCGUCGCCGCUCACCUGCCUGAGGACGACGGCCGUAUAGAGCAGAAGGGCUUUCCAUCCUGCUCGUAUUUCUUCCAGCCUCAGCUGUCAGUCAGGAGGGCGGUGGACACACCGGUUUUACAGCAGGGCACAUUCCUGACCCAGACUGCCGCUCCCGACAGACCUGCCCGCCUUAAGUUGUACGUGCCGGAGUUCGCCUCGUCCCUCGUCAUCUCUGUGUCCAACUGCUCGGCGGGGGGUGCGGCGGCGGCGGCAGAGGCGGAGGACUGCUGGCUGCUGCUCCGGCUGGGCUCCGUGUCGGAGCAGAUGAGCUCCAUCACGGUGAACUGCUCGGGGACGAGCUGCUCCGCUGCUCUGGCCAGCCCUCCCUGGGACCGCUGGCUCCCCGUGCUGGUGGAGAGCAGCCAGGGAAACCGCUCCGUCUCCUUCAGCGUGGCCUCCGACUACACGGUGGGCUGCAAACCCAGAAGUGUGGGACUGAAAGCAGACGACGGUAUGAAGAAGCUCCGUGGCAGCAGCAGCCAGACCAACUCCACCUCACCGCUCAAAGACGCGUUUAACAAUGAGACUGCAGCCCUGGCGGCGCCGCUGCUGCCGUCAGCGUGCGUGUGGAGCAUCCCCGUCCUCUACGAGGAGACGGACGUCCUCUCGCUCCGGUACACGGCCGUCAACGGCCCCAACGUCAGCGUCACGGACACCCACCCCACCCUCCUCACCUACCCCCUGCACCCACAGGCCACCGGCGGCACCCUCAACCUGCAGCUCAGUCUCAACACGACAAAUGCAACCUUGGGGAACGGUAGCAGGGUGGUUGGCUGCUUUUCUCCCUGGGCUCCAGUCCUGGAACUGAACCAGUCUCAGCCGUGUCGCACAGCUUUGUUCGGAGGGCACGGUGUCGUUGUGAAUGCCAGCGUUCCUAAGGCUGUGAUCCGGCUGCCCUUUCCUCAGUCAACAACAUGGUACCUCACCCUGCAACUUGAAUGCAACAGAAGCGACUGCAGCAACGUGUCGGUGGUGCCGGUGGUGCCGGAGGUUUUCAUCAGCGCCUGCGUGGAGGACUGCGGGACGUACGGGGAAUGUAGACUGCUGAGAUCCUACACCUACCUGUACGCCGCCUGUGUCUGCAAGGCCGGCUGGAGCGGCUGGGGCUGCACAGACGACUCCACGGCUCAGUCCUUCAGGCGCCAGCUGACGUCCACGCUGCUGCUCACGCUCAGCAACCUGUCCUUCCUGCCGGCCAUCGUGGUGGCCGUCCACCGCUUCUACAUCACUGAGGCCUCCGUUUACCUGUUCACCAUGUUCUUCUCCACGUUCUACCAUGCGUGUGACCAGCCAGGCGUCGCGGUCAUGUGCAUCAUGGACUACGAUACCCUGCAGUACUGCGACUUCCUGGGCUCGAUCUGCUCCAUCUGGGUCACCAUCCUGUGCAUGGCUCGGAUCUGGGACGUCGCCAAAUACACUCUGUUUGUGCUCGGGGCUCUGCUGAUAGCCAUGUCCAUGCAGCUGGACCGCAAGGGCCUGUGGAACCUGCUGGGCCCCGUCCUCUGUGCCAUCCUGCUGAUGGUCGUCACCUGGGUGUACCGAGGAGUCCAGCGCCGGCGUUGUUACCCGCCCUCCUGGAAGCGCUGGGUCCUGUACCUGAUCCCCGGGAUAGUCUGUGCCCUCGUCGGCGUGUGCCUGUACAUCUUUGCCGAGACGGAAGACAACUACUACUACACGCACUCGCUGUGGCACAUCCUGGUGGCCAGCUGCGUGGUGUUCCUGCUGCCGCCCCAGGAGAAGGACCGGGAGGCCUCGGGCUGGAGCCGGGGCUUCAGCUGGAGCUGGAGCUGGAGCUGGAGGCCCCGCGUGUGCGGAUACACGCUCUGCCAGAGCAGCAAGGACGAGCUCUACACCGUCACGUAACGCUGUUACGGGAGCCGUACGAAGAAGCACUCUGAAGGACCUGCCGGGUUACCAACAUAUACAAUCUCUCCUAUCUCUAAAUGGCUCAUUUUAAACUUAUAAAGUUACUACGGAAGAGUAUCAGGGCUAUGCAGGAGAAAAAAUAUUUGAGAGGGGGAGAUUUUUUUUUGUUGUGCACUUCGAGGAAAAAGUCGAAAUGUCGAUAUUAAUGUUGAAAUA